AUGGCGUCCGACAUGAGCUUCUUCUCGCGCGCCCCGCUCGGCGAGGCAAAGGUCAACGUGCUCGCCAACAAGAAGCGCGUGUCGACGGGCACCGCGCUCGCGCCCGCCGCGGCGGCCAAGAAGCCGCGCGCGGAACAUCAACGUGCGCUGUUGACCCCGCAGCCGUCGUCUGGCGCCGCUGAGCCGUCGAGCGACGGCGCCGGGCCCGUGUCGCUCAAGUUCAAGAUCCCGGCGCUGCCUGUGCGCCUCACGGCCCCGCCGACGCCCUCUACGUCGACGGUCGCGGCCUCGUCGUCGCCGCGCCGCUCGUCGCCUAUCCGCCGCAAACCCAAAGGCAAGCACUAUGUCCUGCUCGUCCGCUCGGCGACGCACUCGCACACGGACGCCCUGCUCGAGCAGGGCACGACGCUCAUCUUUGGCCGGCACCACACGCGCGCCGCGCCGCCGACGAUGCAGCUGACGUCCAUCCCCGAGGCGCUGCGCACCCACCUGACCGAGGAGGACAACGACGUGCGCGUCGUCGUGCUCGACCGUGGCGCGCGGCACGCGUCCCGCAUGCACGCGGCCGUCGAGCUCGCAGACGGCGGCAAGACGGUCCGCCUGCUUGUGCUUGGCCAGAACGGCGUGCGCGUGCGCACCAGCCCAGUCGGGAAGCACCGCCGCCUGCUCGCUGGCCAGGUGGCGACGUUCUCGCCGACCGACAAGCUCGAGAUCGACUUUUACGGCGCCAGCGUCGCGGUUAGGGUUGACACGGACGAGGAGAACGACCGCGAGCGCCUGUUCACGCCCGAGGAGGUCGACCGCGCGGCGAGCCCCCUCUCGUUACCCCCCUCGUCGCCCCCCCUCGCGCCGGUCGAGGACAGCGCGAGCGAGAGCGAGGAGGACGAGGAGGACGAGGCCGGCGCCGAGGCUGAGGCUCGUCGCCAGCAGCGCGCAGGCACGCCGCGCCCGCCCGCCGUGCUCUUCUCGCGCUCGAGCUCGCCGCUGUCAGAGCCCGACACGACCGUGUUCGGCCUGCUCCCGCCCAUCCGCGUGCCCCCCGCCUCGGCUGUGCCUGCGGCGCUCGUCUCGCCCGCCCUCGCGACGACGGCAGGCUCGCGCCCCGGCUCGGCGACCGCCUCGCCCCGCUCCCACCCCCGCUCCAAGCCCGCGACGCCGCGCGGCUCGCCGUCCACCCCCUCCGCUGCGCAGAUCGCCGUCAAGACCGAGCUCGUCGCCGCUACCCACACGCCGCGUGCCGGCACACCAAAGUCGCGCCCUUCGACCCCGCCGCUCGAGCUCCCGCCCUUCCCCGAAGGCCUCGACCUCGCGGCCCUGCUUGCUUCCACUGUCGUCUUCUCCGGCUCGUCCAAGCUGUCACUUCCUGAUCUCGUCAAGUCGCUCCUUGAGUCCCAGCCAUCACUGCGCGAACACGGCUCCGAGGCGGUCUGGUCCGCCUGGGCCGACAAGGAGCUCGAGUCCAACGCCAUGUUCGGCAAGGUCUCGCGCAACGGCAAGGACUCGAGCGGCCGCCCGCUCCUCCCGCACUACUUCUACAACCCUGCCAACGACCCGGACGGCUCGCGCGCCCAGCAGCUCGGCGGCCUCGUGCGUCCCCUCCGCGCAGCGCAGCGCGCAGGCGGUAAGGCCAUCGACUGGCGUCCUGUUGGUUCUGGCCGCAGGCGCUACUAGGCGGCAACGUGAGCCGCGAGCGAGCGAGCGAGCCUUGCGCCGCGGCUCGUCUAGGCGCAGUACAGCUGCAGCCUCUUCCAUAAUGGGGAGUGUACUACAACGUGUAACGCGGGGGGUGGCGAGGAGACGGAUACAGCGGCGCGGCGCGGGACACCGACACGACACCGCGCCGACCGCCUCCACCGCCCUCGGCAUAAUGCUUCACCGUGCCGGUCUGUCGGCUUGAUACAUACAUACUACUUUUGAUACCAGAUGUCAUGCU